GGCAUUGGUGUCUGCAUGCUGCACGGUGGGAUUCUUUGUGUUGUUCCUAGUUUACCAAAAUACUUUCCUUUUUUCUUUUUUUCUUUUCCCUCAUCCAGAUUAGCACGACAUCUACAGAAAGAGGCCCAGUCUCAACACAAUAAUUCAGAAUUCACAGAAGAUCAAAAGAAAACCAUAGCUAAAAUAGCAACAUGCUUGGAAUUGCGAAGUGCAGCCUUGCAGUCUACACAGUCACAGGAGGAAUUUAAACUGGAGGAUCUGAAGAAAUUAGAACCAAUCUUAAAGAAUAUUCUCACCUAUAAUAAAGAAUUCCCUUUUGAUGUUCAGCCUGUCCCACUCAGGAAGAUCUUGGCACCUGGAGAAGAAGAGAACUUGGAAUUUGAGGAAGAUGAUGAUGAAGGUGGGGCUGGAGCAGGGUCUCCAGAUUCCUUUCCUGCUAGAGUUCCAGGAGCAACUGAAGGAACUCUAUUACCCAGGCUGCCAUCUGAACCCGGGAUGACAUUACUUACCAUCAAAAUUGAGAAGAUUGGUUUGAAAGAUGCCGGUCAGUGCAUUGAUCCUUACAUCACAGUUAGUGUAAAAGAUCUCAAUGGGAUAGAUCUCACCCCUGUACAGGAUACUCCUGUGGCUUCAAGGAAAGAGGACACGUAUGUUCAUUUCAACGUGGACAUUGAGAUCCAGAAACAUGUUGAGAAACUAACUAAAGGUGCAGCUAUUUUCUUUGAAUUCAAACACUAUAAGCCUAAGAAAAGGUUUACCAGCACCAAGUGCUUUGCUUUCAUGGAGAUGGAUGAAAUUAAACAUGGAGCGAUUGUUAUAGAACUGUACAAAAAACCCACUGACUUUAAAAGGAAGAAACUGCAACUGUUGACCAAGAAACCACUGUAUCUUCACCUCCAUCAAACAUUGCACAAGGAAUGACCCUUUUGUGAGACUUCUAUGACCUAAACCACUUGCUACAAAUCACAGUAUCUCUGCAUUUGUGUGUUUGUGUAGCACACUCAUCAUUCAGCAGGCAGGCCAGUGGCUGUACUCAGGCCAGGAGGCCAACUGGGACCAUCACAUACUGCACAGCAAUACCACAGAGUCAAAUGUCAAGCCUACCCUUCAAGUACAAGUUUAUUCCUGUACCUUCUGGAUACAGGUCUUAUCCCAAGUGUUCUAAAGAAGCUUUUGACUGAUUUCUCUGCAUAAUUGAGCAGUUCAUAAAAAAACAAAAAAAAAAACCACUGCAAACUUCAGUUUUAUACCUUACCAUUGUACAUUUAUACUUUUCCCCCUCAAUCUCUACUAAAGAUGGAAGGGUGUCUCUUUUGCCAAACCUGAUACAGCAAUAAAGACACGGCAGGUUAUGUAACCCGCUGACAUUUUGCUGUGCUAUUGCAGCACUCUCAUCAGCAUAUGAGUCCUCUCCUUGGAUUGAUUGGGAAGGUAGGGGGAAGUGAUGCUAGAAAGGGAGUUUUCAAAGAUGAAUGUUAGUGCUGUGCCUGAGAGAGGUUAAAAAUAGGGAGGAUGCUGGUCAAAGAGAGACUCAAUCCAACAUAAAAAUGCUACCCUAGCAAAUUUGUUUACAAGCCUUAUUUUCUUAUCUGGCUCUGGGGAGUGAAUGAUGAGCUGCAAAGGAGACAACCCAAUGAUGGCAACUGAUUUCUCUCAAUCCUGUUCCUGUAGUAAUUUGAUAUACAUCAUCUGGUUUAAGUGACUUUCAGGUAAAACUUUCAUGUUAAGUGCUAGAAUAUAAAUUCUGAUUGCUCCCUUCAAUAGCUAAAUCUUUUUUUUUUCUUCCCAAUACUACUUUCCCACUUCCCCUAAUAAAAGUGGAUGGUAAGGGGAGAUAUUGGUUUGCUACACAGAUUUCAGUGGUAACAGGGUUGGUCCCCUAAUUGUCAACAAAGCCCAAAUUAUUAAUGGUGAUCUGGCUAACUCAAGCUAGUGACUGAAGAUGUAGCCUACAUCAGAAACUGCUGUUUUUCUGAAGCUGAUUGUGGAUCCUCGCGUACCAACCUCUGUUUGUAUGCAAGUCUGGAUAUUUACUUUGACAUUACCUUUUUUUAUCCAAGUAGGUAGAUAGGAUUACCAUUUAUUUUCUAUAUUAUUGAGAUUCAUAAUGUAAUAAGCUGCAGGUCAUUGGCUUAUUAUAACAUGAAUAUCUGCAUCCACCUUUUCCCUUAAAGGGAAAGGUAUAGAACCCAUUCAAACCUUUCAUAUAUUCAAUGAGUGGAAUAUUUAAUACAGUACUUUAAGGUCUGUGCUUCAUGUGUAUCUUAAGUAGCGCCUACAUACACUUUGCUAUGUUAACAGAAGACCCGGCACCAGGACAAUGCAGGGUUAAAUGUUAGCUUUAAUAAUGUGGAUGUAAAUAUGCUAGUUAUUCUUUUCCUUCUCUACCAUGUAACUAGCUCUAGAAUACUGUUUACAGUGAGUAAAAUGAAAAAGAUUUCGCACUGCUCGUGGCCUAUUCAGCUGUUUGCUGGAGUGUUCCUUUUGGCCUAUUGAAGGGAACUGUGACUCACCAGGUGGUUAAAAACAGGGUAUGUCUGAAGUUGGAAGCUGAAAUUUCAUCUUGUCUUCUUCCCUUUCUGCUGUUGUGGCAUAAUUGUGAAAGAAUUAACUUCACCGAUCAAUUAUUUUGUAGUUUUUCCCAACACCAAGCAUACUUGACUGGAAUUUCACUAAUGGUUGAAGAGCUUAACAAGUGCAGUUUUCGUUUCCUGUUAACAGUUCUUAAGGGAACCCAGUUUUAACCUUUUAGAACAGAGUAUUAAGCUGUAAACACAAACACUAAACUGGUGAUUGAUUUAUAAUAUGUGUAAAUAAAUGGACAAUGGUGUUCCUCCACUGCGUAUCUCAUAGCAUUGGAAGGCUAAAUGCUCACUAAAAUCACAGGAUCUUUUGGCUACAGGAAUACAACUUUUCUUUCCAUAAUACAAAAAUAUGUAUAGCCCCAAUCAAGGAAAGCAAUUGGUUAACCUCUGAGAAUAUGAAUAAACCCAGUUAAGUCAA